AUGAUAAAUUCAAAUAAUGAGGCGCUUCUCAAACAAGUAAAUAAAAAUCAAACUCUACUCAUCUCAAAAUUAUAAGAUGAUAUUCUAAUCCUCAAUCAAGAAAUUGAAGCUUCUAAUCAAUAAAUAGAUUCUAUGAAAUCAUAACAUCAUAUAGCAUUAUCACAAUAAUCAUCCAUUAUUUAAGAUCUUAGAAAUCAAUCAGAGAACUAUCAAUAAUAAAAUAUGGAACUUCAAUCCAAGUUUACAUAAUCAGUAUUAUAAAAUCAAUUACUCCAAUCAAAAUAUGACAAAAAAAAUAAACUAUAUAAAGAUUAAAUCAUCGAACUCAAACAAUAAAUCAAACUUACUCAUCUCAAAAAUUAAGAUUAUCAAAGAGAUAUACUUGAUCUUCGUAAAUCCAUUGAUAUUAAAAAAAUUGAACUCUCUAAGCUCAAUGAGAGCUACUCAUUAUUAAAUGAAUAAAAUAAAUAACUAAAAGCUAAUUUAGACCUUCUAAAACUUGAUUAACAAGAUAAAAUAGAACAACUCCAAAAUUUUAUCUAACAAAAGGAUCAAAAAAUCACACUAAUUAUAAAUGAAAACAAUUUAUUAAAUAAAACCAAUCAAGAAUUAAUACAAAAAAAUACCAUCCUAUCAUAAACCUUUCACUCUUAAAUCAAUACUCUACAAGAAGAUAAUGAAAACCUCAAAAUUUAACUAUCAGAUUCCCUAAACCAUAAUACUCUAUUAAAAUAAUAAUUACAAUAACAAUCUUUUGAAUUAUAAACCAUAUCUUCUUCAAUAUAAUUGUAAUCUGCUGCUCAAUCUUAAUAAAUUCUUGCUGAAUAGCAAAAUUAAGAUUUACUUAAUCAUAAUCAUCAAUUAGAGAUGAAUUUAUAACAAAAAAUUUUAGAUAAUUCAUCUCUCUAAAAAAUUAUUGAGGAUCAAGAACUCAAAAUUACCAAAUUAUAAUCAUAAAAUAACGAUCUAGAAUUAUCUCACCAAUAACAUAUAUAAUAUAAUCAAGAAUCCAUUAAUCAUUUAUAAUUAUAGAUAUCUAAACUUACAUCUGAUUUGAAAGAAGCUGAAUUAAAACAUAUUUAAGUCAAAUAAAUACAAGAAACUACUAUUUCUAAACUUAAUCACGAUAUUCGAUCACUUGAAUAAAAAAAUGAAGAUUUACUUUUACAUAACAAUAAAUUAAUAAACGAAAUCAAAUAAAAUGAAUUAAUAUAAUAAAAAGAAUCCACCAUUAUUUGUUAAAAAAAUUCAGAAUUUGAAAUCUAGCUAUUAGAAUCAUAACAUUAAAUAGAAGAUUUAAAGUAAGAGAAAAAAAAACAAGAACUUGUUGUUGAUAUGUUAAAUCAUUAAUUAUUAGUGUAAAAAUAACUUCAAUCAAAAUUAGAGGAAGAUAUUGUUAAAUAUUAAAACUUCCUCAUUUCACAUGAUAAAUAAUUAGAAGCUGUUACUUCUAAUGAUUGUUCUGAUUCAAGUGAUUCAAGUGAAGAUUUAAUUACAGAAAAACCAUAAUAAUUAAAUUUUGAUGCUCUUUGUAAUAAAUUGACCGAAUAAAUCAGACUUAUCUAACUUAGACUUGAAAUUUAUGAAAAAUAGAUGAAGUAAUAUAAAUUAGAACUACAUACUAAAACUGUUGAAAUACAAAAAUUGUUUAGUGAAAAUUCUGAAUCAAAUCUAAAAGUCUAAAGAUUAUCUUAAAUGCAACCUAAAUUUGAGUAUUAACUUGAAAAUCAAGAAGCAUCUUUAAAAGAAAAAGAAUUAAUUAUAGAAAAUCUAACAUAAUAAAUUAAUAGAUUAUAAUCUUAGCUUCAAGAAUAUGAAUAAACAACAUUAAAUCUUUAAAAAUAAAAACAAAUGUAAGAAGAAAUUUAACAGAAACAAAUUUAAGAUUUAAAAAAUGAAAUGUUAGCUUAAUCUUCAUAAAAAGAUAUUAGAAUAGAAGAAUUAAUUAGAAAAAGUAUGGAUUAUGAAGAUCAUUUGAUUGAAAAUGAAAAUAAAAUAAAAUAAUUAGAAAUUGAAAAUGAAUCUUUGAAUAUUAAAAUCAUUUCAUAAGAUGUUGAACUAUCAAAUUUAUAAAAUCAACUUUAACUAGAACUUGUUAUUAAAAAUGAUUUGGAAAACAAUUUAUAAUCAGUUAAAGAGGAUAUUGAAUUGAGAUAGGCUGAAGAUUCAUAAGUUUCCAUUUUUGAUUUUAUAUUUCAAAGCAUCAACUAUUAAAUGAUCCUAUUUUUAGAGGAUAAUACAUAAAAAAUCACAACUUUACUCUAAAUUAAAAUUGAUACUCUUCAAAAUAAUCUUUUAAGAAUAAUCAAUAAAUAUUAAAAAAUAUUAGAAAAAAUAUAAAAAAAUUAUCAUAAAAUUUAAAAUUUGUAUGAAAAUUCACAAUAGACCUUGAUUUAAAAGGAAAAUAUUUAUUAAAUUGAAAUUGAUAAUCAAUAAAAUUAAAUUUAAGUAUUGCAAUAAGAAAUAUAAUAAAAAAUUAGACUUAUCAUAUAACAUGAAGAUUCAUAGAAGAAAUUAUUAUUUGAUUUACAUAAUGUUGAAUAAGAGAAUAAAAAUUAAAAAAUUAUAAUAAGUUAACAAUAAUAAAAAUUAGAUGAAAAACCUAAGUCAGAUAACUUAUCUAAAGGAUUUUAUGAGUAAUAAAUUGAGGAAUUAUAAAAAAGAGUUUCAUUUUAAUAAUCAGAUUUAAAUAGAACUGUAUAAAAGAAUACUUAAUUAGAUGUAUAAGUAUAAGAUUUAAAAAAUUAAAUUUAUUCAAAAGAAAAAAAUAAAAUUAAUGAAUUAAAACAAAGUUAGAAUCAUUUAAAUAUUGAUUAAACUGAAAUAUAAAUUGAUUAGUUACAAUCUUCAGAACAAUAAAAUUAGAUAUUAGAAUUAAUAUCGAAAAAUACAGAUAUAACUCAAGAAAAUUUAGAUGUAUAAUUUAAGUUAAAAGAAUUAUAAGAAUUAAAUUAAAAUCUAUAGGAUAAAGUUAACUUAUUAACCAAAUAAGGAGUAAACCAAAAAUAAAUAAUUAAUUAAUUGCAAUAACAAAAUUAAUUAGAAGUGAAAUAAAAUUUGACAUUGUUAUAAUAAAUGGAUCCUUUACAAAAGUAGAUAGAUAAUUUAAAAAGAGAAAAUAGAAAGUUACAAUAAUUAACUAAUGAUUUUGAAAAAGCUUAUGGUAAAUUACCCCUCUAUGGUAGUCCUAGUCCUAAAAAAAGUCUAAUUUAAGAUUAAAAUUCAAUAAAGAGAUUAGAAGAUGAUUUUAUGUAAAUGUAACUAAAAUUUUAACUAGAAUUAUAGGAAAAAAAUAAAGAAAUAACUAAUAUUACUUAAUAGUAUGAACAACAAUUAGAGUAAUCAAGAGAUCUUAAUAAUGAUAAAAUCUAACAACUUGAAUAAAAUUGUAUUACUUCGAGCAAUCAAAUCAAGUAAUUACAAGUUUUGAAUAAUAAACUAGAGGAAGAACAUGGGUAUAUUGAAAGGGAAAAUAUAAAAUUAAAUGAAUAAUUACAAAAAUUAACUAAAUUAUUGGAUUUAUAAAGUUAGUAUUAAAAGAUUUUAGAUGAAAAAGAAAGUGAAUUGAUUAGAAUGAAGGUUUUAGUCUAACAAACUUAAGAUGAAAACUAAUAAUUAUAGAAAUAAAUUAUCAACUUAGAAGAGGAAAAUAAAAAUAUCAAACAACUAAAAAAUUAAUAAUAUAUUUUGUUAGAAAAAUAAAAUAAUGAUUAUAUCAUUGAAAUAAAUUAAUUAAAAGAUAAUUAUUAAACUUUAGAAAAUCAAAGUUUAGAACAGAUAAAUUAAAUAGAAUAGAAAUAUAAUUAAAUUGAGAAUGAAUCACAAAGCAAAUAAAUUGAAAAUGUAGAAAAUCUUUAAAAAUAAAUUGAUGAUUAAAAAUUAUAAUUAUCGAAAUACGAGAAUGAUAAAAUUGAUCUAUAAUAACGAAUUUAAUUUUAAGAGGUUUAAAUUAAGUAAUAUAAAAAUUUAAUCUCCGAAAACGAGAAGCUAAUAUAAAUUAAAAGUAUUGAAUCUAAAGAAAUGGAAUUCGAGUUUAAUAAAAAUAUAGAAAAUCUUUAAAUAAAAAUCGAUAAUUAAAGUUAGUUAUUAUCUAAUUCUUAAAUUAAUUUGCAUGAUCUAUAAUAAUAAAUAAAGGAAUAUUAAGACUAAAAUAACAAAAAUAAAAAUAUGAUAGAAGAAAUGGAAUAGUCAAUUUAAAAUUAAAAUAUUGAAUCAAAAAAUAUAUAAACAGGACUUCUGAAUAGGGUAAAUGAUCUUUAAAAAUAAAUUGAUGUUUAUAAUUUAUAAAUAUUGAAUUCGAAGAAUUAAACAUUUGAACUAUAGUAAAAGAUUAAAUUUUAAGAAGAUUAAAUUAUUUAAUAUAAAAAUAUAAUAGAAGAAAAAGAGAAACUCACUAAUACUAAAUUUAAUGAAUCAUAUUAGGUUCAUUUAGAACUUAAGAAUAAAAUAGAAGAACUUUAAAAUUUACUUCAAAGUUAAAAUUUAUAAUAACAGGAUUCCAAGAAUUUGACACUUGAGUUAUAAAAGAAAAUUUAAUUAUAAGAAUCUAUUAUUAAUUAAUAUAAAAAUAUCAUAGAAGAAAAAGAGUAGGUUAUUACAAAUAAAUCUAAUGAAACUAAUAUUAUUCAUUUAGAACUUUAAAAUAAAAUUAAUGACCUUGAAAAAUUAUUAAAAAGUUAAAAUUUAUAAUUAUAAGAUUCCAAGAAUUAGAUUUUUGAGUAAUAAAAGAAGAUCUAAUUUUAAGAAAAUUAAAUUACUUAAUAAAAAAAGCUAAUAGAAGAAAAAGAAUAGCACAUUUCAAUAAAAUCUAAUGAAGCAAAAAAUAUUCAUGAAGAACUUAACAAUAAAAUAGAAUAACUUUAAAGGUUACUCAAUAACUAAAAUUUAUAAUAAUAGAAUUCCGAGAAUUAGACACUUGAGCUGUAAAAGAAAAUCUAAUUAUAAGAAUCUAUAAUUCAAAAAUAAAAAGAUUAAAUAGGAGAAAAAGAGAAGCUUAUUGAAAUGAAUUUCAAUGAGUCUAGUAAUAUUCAUUUAGAGUUAUAAAAUAAAUUAGAAGAUCUAUAAAAGUUAUAUAAUAGUUAAGAUUUAUAACUAUUAAAUUCUAAAAAUUAAAUAGUUUAGCUUUAAUAAUAGAAUUAAAUUUAAUUAGAGUAAAUUAGCCAAUAUAAAAAUAUUAUUGAAGAAAAAGAGAAGCAAAAUACAACUAAAUUUAAUGAAUCCAACUUUAUUCAUUAAGAACUAAACAAUAAAAUAUAAGAACUUUAAACAAAACUCACCAGUUAAAAUAUAUAAUUAUAGGAUUUCAAGAAUUAAAGCAUUAAACUAUAAUAGAAAAUCUAAUCUUCAGAAUCUUUGAUUAAUUAAUAAAUAAAUUAGAUCGAAGAAAAAGAGUAACUAAUUAAAAUAAAAUAAAAUGAAUCCAGUAUUAUUUAUUCAGAACUAUAAAAUAAAAUUGAAGACUUUUAAAAAUUAGUAAAUAAUUAAGAAAUAUAAUUAUCAAAUUCUAAAAAUUAUAUAGCUGAGUUGGAGUAAUAGAAUAAAAUUUAAUUAGAAUCAAUUAACGAAUAUAAAAAUGUUAUUGAAGAAAAAGAAAAAUUUAUUUUAUUUCAAGAGAAUAAUUUUUAAAAGGUUUAAAUUGAACUUAAUAAUAAAGUAAAAAAUCUUACAAAAUUAACAGAUGAUUUAAACUAAUCUUACUCUAUUUCUAAAGAUAAUUUACUUGAAUAAAAAUAACAAAUUUUAGCAUAAUAAGAUUAAAUUAUUUAAUAUAAAAAUAUAAUAGAAGAAAAAGAGAAACUCACUAAUACUAAAUUUAAUGAAUCAAAUUAGGUUCAUUUAGAACUUAAGAAUAAAAUAGAAGAACUUUAAAAUUUACUUCAAAGUUAAAAUUUAUAAUAACAGGAUUCCAAGAAUUUGACACUUGAGCUAUAAAAGAAAAUUUAAUUAUAAGAAUCUAUUAUUAAUUAAUAUAAAAAUAUCAUAGAAGAAAAAGAGUUGGUUAUUACAAAUAAAUCUAAUGAAACUAAUAAUAUUCAUUUUGAACUUUAAAAUAAAAUUAAUGACCUUGAAAAAUUAUUAAAAAGUUAAAAUUUAUAAUUAUAGGAUUCCAAGAAUCUAAUAAUUGAACUUUAAUAGAAAAUUUAAUUAUAAGAAUCUAUUAUUAAUUAAUAUAAAAAUAUCAUAGCAGAAAAAGAGUAGGUUAUUAUAAAUAAAUCUAAUGAAUCAAAUAAUAUUCAUUUUGAACUCCAAAAUAAAAUUAAUGACCUUGAAAAAUUAUUAAAGAGUUAAAAUUUAGAAUUAUAAGAUUCCAAGAAUUAGAUUUUUGAGUAAUAAAAGAAGAUCUAAUUUUAAGAAAAUUAAAUUACUUAAUAAAAAAAGCUAAUAGAAGAAAAAGAAUAGCACAUUUCAAUAAAAUCUAAUGAAGCAAAAAAUAUUCAUGAAGAACUUAACAAUAAAAUAGAAUAACUUUAAAGGUUACUCAAUAACUAAAAUUUAUAAUAAUAGAAUUCCGAGAAUUAGACACUUGAGCUAUAAAAGAAAAUCUAAUUAUAAGAAUCUAUAAUUCAAAAAUAAAAAGAUUAAAUAGGAGAAAAAGAGAAGCUUAUUGAAAUGAAUUUAAAUGAAUCUAGUAAUAUUCAUUUAGAGUUAUAAAAUAAAUUAGAAGAUCUAUAAAAGUUAUUUAAUAGUUAAGAUUUAUAAUUAUCUAAUUCUAAAAAUUAAAUAGUUUAGCUUUAAUAAUAGAAUUAAAUUUAAUUUGAACAAAUAAGUUAAUAAAAUAAAAUAAUUGAAGAAAAAGAGAAAUUAGUUUAAAUAUAAGAGAAUAACUUUUAAAAUGUUUAAAUUGAACUUAAUAAUAAAAUAAAAAAUCUUACAAAAAUAACUGAAGAUUUAAGUUCAUCGUCUUCUAUUUCUUAAGAUUGUUUACUUGAAUAAAAAUAAUAAAUUUAAGCAUAAUAAGAUUAAAUUAAUUAAUAUAAAAAUAUCAUAGAAGAAAAAUAAUAGCUUAUAACAAUGAAAUCUAAUGAAUCAAAUAAUAUUAAUUUAGAACUAAAAAAUAAAAUAGAAGACUUUUAAAAAUUAUUAAAAAGUUAAAAUUUACAAUUAUAGGAUUCCAAGAAUCUAAUAAUUGAGCUAUAAAGGAAAAUUUAAUUAUAAGAAGAUUAAACUAGUUAAUAAAAAUAGCUGAUCGAAGAUAAAGAAAAGUAAAUAUAAAAUUAAAAUAAUGAUUCAAAUAAAAUGAUGAAAAAAAUACAAGAUUCUGAAAAUUAAAUCUUAAAUCUUUCAAAUUCACUUUAAGAAUAUGAUUCUAAACUACAUAAAUAAAUAAAAUAGUUUGAAGAAUAUAAAGCAAAUACAUCUAUUUAAUUUGAAAAAUUAGAUCAGGAAAAAUUUUAAUUAUAGUAGCUAUUAAUUGAUUAUGAAAAGUAAAUUAAAAUAUAGACAAAUAUUAAUUAAGAAAAUGAAUAAAAAAUAAUUUAAGAAUAGAUUUAAAAUAAGGGAUUGAAAUAGGAUAUUUUUGAAAAAGAAUAAGCCAUUAAUUAAUUGAUAUUAUAAGAAAAAGAAUUUAAAUAUUAAAUUUGUUAAUUAAAUAUUUAAGUUUUAAAUGAGUAAAAUGAUUUAAAUAAUCUUAAGAUUUAAUAAGAGUAAUAGAAUAAAGAUUAUAUAAUAUUAUAAGAAUAAAUUAAAGAGUAAGAAUAAAUAAUUUAAAACUUAUAAAAUAAAAUUCGAGAACUUACACUGGUUGAAUAGGAUUUUGCUGAAUAAAAGUAGGAGUUAGAUAAGAGUAGAAUCAAUUUAGAGGAAUAUUAGGAUAAAAUAAAUCAGUUGGAAUGUAUUAAUUAAUAAUUAGAACAAGCAGUCUAAUCUAGUGCAUAGGCAUUUUAAUUUUUAUAAUUUUAAAAGGAAUAAUUUUCUGUGGAAUUAAAUAAGAGAUAGAAAUAAUUGGAAGUGAAAGAGCUAUAAAUUGUUUAAUAAGAAAUUUAGAUUUAAAAUUUAAUGGAGGAUUAAAAUAUAUUAAAGAAAUAGCUAGAGGAAAUGAGUAAUUAAAUUUUGAUAAAGGAAUCCUAGAUUACAGAGAGUAAAAGUUUGUUAAAUGAUCAGUUAUGUUAAAUGGAAAAGGAGAGGAUAGACCAAGAAGAAUAACUUAUAAAAUUAUAAUAAGAAAAUUAACAGAUGAGAUAAGAACAUGAGAAAAUAAAAUAAUUAAAUCAUGACAUAACAAAUUAAUUAAAUGGAUAAUAAGAUGAAUUAAAUGAUAGAUAAAAAUAAUUAAUAAUUUUAGAGAAUGAAAUAAUAUUUUUAAGGGAUGAAAAAAAAAUUUAUGAAAUAAAGAUUAUUGAAUUGGAUUAGAAUAUUAAUAAGAGGGAGUAAGAAGUUAAUGAUUUAAAUAGGAAGAAUAAAACUUUGAUUUAAGAGAUGGUUGAGUAAGAAAAUAAAUAUAAAAAAGAAAUAGAAUCAUAAAGAAUAGAGAGUUUAUAAAAUAAGAAAAUAUUUGAGGAUAGAAUUAAUCAUUUAUUAAUGGAAUAAAAUUAAAUGAUAGUAGAUUUAAAGAAUAAUUAUGAUACUUAAUUAAGAAAUGCUUAAGAUAAUUUAAAUUAAGAAAGAAUAAUUUAAAGGUAAUUUGAGGAGAGAAAUGUGGAGUCAUUAAAGAAUAUUUAAAAUUUAGAAUAAUAAAAAUAGAAAGUUAGUGAAGAAAAUAUAGAUUUGGAGAAGAAGAUUGAAGAAUUAAGAAUUAAAAAUAAUAGUAUUUAGAGUGAAUUAGAGAAGAUUAAGAAAGAGAGAGGAGAAUAAGAGAAUAAAUAUUAGUAAUUGGAAAAUUAGAGAAAUGAGACAUAAAGUUCAAACAAAAACUUAUAAGAAAUGUUAUUUGAAUUAAAACAUUUGAAUGAAAAUUUGGUUGAGUAAAAUAGUUUAAAGUAAAAGGAAAUGGAUGAUGUAAAGAAUUUAAAUUAAAGUUUGGAGAAGAGAAAUUCAUUAUUGAUAAAUGAGAAAUCAAGUUUGUUAGAGUAGGUUAGAGAUCAAAAAUCAUAAUUAAGUGAUUAAAGUUAAUAGUAUUUAUAAUUGGAGAAUUAAUUUAAUUAAAUGUAAUAAAAUAUAAUUAGAAUUGAAUCACAGAAGAAUAAUUUAUAAUAAAUAAAUUAGUAAUUAGAAUAAUCAUUAUAGUAAUAAUAGAAGGUUAAUUCUUAGAUUAUAUAAAAGUAAGAAUAAUCAUAUUAGAAUGAAUUAGAUAAAUUAACUCUAGAACUAUAAAAUUAAUAGAAUUAAGUUAAACAGCUUUAACAAAAGAUUGGGGAACAUAAAUUAGAGAUUCAAACAAUUAGAAAUGAGUAAAAAUAAUGGGAAAAUAAUAAGAUAAAUGAAUUAGUAUAAAUAAAGUAGGAGAGUAAUGGACAAAUUUAGAGAUUGAUGGAUUAAGUGAUUUAAGUUGAAGGAUUGAAUAAACAAUACUAGAAUGAGAUAUUAGAGUUGAAUAAUAUAAUAAAGAUAUAAAUUGAAGAGAAGGAUAAAAUUAUAAAUAAUUAAGUGAUUGAAUAAUUAUAAGAAAAGAUAAAAUGUAAGUAGUUUAAUUUAUAAUAUUAGUGAAUGAAUAAUAAAUCCAGAGAUUACUUAUUACAAAUGGAGCCUUAAUGGAAGAAAAUGCACAUCUUCACGAAUAAAUAAAUGAUAAGGAUGAAUUAAAUUCUAGUUUUAGCAGCAAUACUUCAUAAAAGUGAUU